AUGGUGAUCAAAGUCUUUGUAGCCACGUCUUCGGGGUCUACAGCGAUCAAAAAGAAGCAGCAAGAAGUAGUGGGCUUUUUAGAGGCCAACAAGAUUGACUUUCAGCAAAUGGACAUAGCAGGUGAUGAAGACAACCGGAAAUGGAUGAGAGAGAACGUCCCGGGUGAAAAAAAGCCUCAAAACGGAAUUCCCCUCCCUCCACAGAUCUUCAAUGAGGAGCGGUACUGUGGGGAUUUUGAAUCCUUUUUCUCUGCUAAAGAAGAAAAUAUUAUUUAUUCAUUCCUGGGUCUUGCUCCUCCUCCAGGCACAAAGGAGACCGAAAAGUCUGAUGCCACAGACGAAACUGAGGCACACACUGAAGACAAGGCCGAUGACGGGUCUCACGAAGAGGCUGAGUCUGCUCAGUCACCAUCAGAAGAUCAACAGGAAAGCAAGGAAGAAGAUGCAGGAACAGGGGUAUAGAAGAAGAGGAAAAACAGGAACAGGGAGAAGAAGAAAAGGAGGAAGAGGGAGAAGAAAAGGAAGAGGUGGAGGAGCAAGAAGAGUCUUAGUACACUUCCAUAUGAAACAUUCUUUCUUGAACAGGUUUUCAGGAAGCACAAACUGGAGCAGCCCUGCCAGAGAAAACAAAAUACUGUCCUCAAGCAAACCGUCACUACCUUUCAUGCCCGCAGACUUACGAGCAUAUGGAUACGCAUGUGCGAGAGGAGCGCCGGGCUGCAGGCUCCUGUAGAGCACGUGGCUUGGGUGCCAGGCUUUCACGCAAGCCUCGUCUGGAUCCGCGCAGAGCCAGGAAACACCGCGGCAGUCGGUAGGGACAAGACGCGAAGCGGGUAA